AUCUUAAAUAAAAAAUGAACGCCAAAGGUGCAGGGUUGACUUAUGUUAGCGAAUACAAAUCUGAUGAAUUCAGAACAUUCAGAGGUGGUUUGAGACAUUUGCCUGAGAGAGCAGAGUAUAUGGCACAUAACAGCAAGAACAAUUUGUCUAAUUAUCAUGACAAAUUCAAUUAUGAAAGAGUAAAUUAUAUAUUUAAAUUAAAAGGGUUUCAUUUAACACUCAAGAUCAUUAUCUAACCAACACCACAAUUUCCAUUAUAUGUUUGGAGGACCUAAGGAAUACUUAUUCAAAAGACUUUUCUAUGGUGCAUGGUAUAGAAAGAAUAUCAGAAACUUCUGGUUCCCUGUUGUGUUUAGCUAUGGACGUAAGCAUUUUACUAUGAAAUAGUUGGUUGUUUCUGCAUGAGAUUAUAUGAUAAUGCAGCCCAUGACUUCUUUUAUUUCACCGAUUGAGAUAAUUACAUAAUAAUACAUAAAUAGUAUAAAACCAGA